AUGCCGGUGAUGAAGGGGCUCCUCGCCCCACAAAACACCUUCCUGGACACCAUCGCUACUCGUUUCGACGGCACCCACAGCAAUUUUCUGUUGGGGAAUGCUCAGGGUCACCGUGGUUACCCCAUUGUUUACUGUUCGGAUGGGUUCUGUGAGCUGACAGGCUUCGCUAGGACAGAAGUAAUGCAGAAGAACUGCAGCUGUCGCUUCCUGUAUGGCUCUGGGACAAGCGAGCAGGUGGCACAGGGCAUGGAGAAAGCACUGGAGAGUAAAGAGGAGUACCAAGCUGAGGUUCAGUUCUACAAGAAAGAUGGAACAUCGUUCUGGUGUCUGCUGGAUAUUGUUCCUAUAAAGAAUGAGAAAGGAGAGAUGGUGCUUUUCCUUUUCUCCUUUAAAGACGUGACAGACUCACACGGAAAGAGCCACCACAGCGGCAGGAGAGACGAUGACAAGCAUCAGAGCAGGAAGAGCAGCAGCUCUCGGUUCGUUGCCGCUCGGAGGCGUGGUCACUCCGUCCUCUGCCAAAUCACCAGCCAGUUCAAACGUGGAGGAAAGAAUGAUGUCAACCUCAGUGGCAACAUGUUCGAGAAGCCGUCAUUGCCAGAGUACAAGGUUGCGGCGGUGCAGAAAUCCCGCUUCAUCCUUCUCCAUUACAGCGUGAGUAAGGCAUUGUGGGACUGGAUGAUCCUCCUGGCAACAUUCUAUGUGGCUGUGACGGUGCCGUAUAACGUGUGUUUCACACCUUACGUCGAAUCGGACAUGGAGGCCAGGAGCACCAUUGUCUCGGACAUCGCUGUGGAGAUGCUCUUCAUCCUUGAUAUCAUCCUGAAUUUCCGCACCACGUAUGUGAGCCAGUCUGGUCAGGUGGUUUACGAUUCGCGCUCUAUCUGCAUCCAUUAUGCUGCUACCUGGUUCUUUGUGGAUUUGGUGGCCGCGUUGCCCUUUGACCUCCUUUACGCCUUCAACAUCACUGUUACGUCUCUGGUUCACUUGCUGAAGACGGUACGUCUGCUUCGACUGUUGCGUUUGCUUCAGAAGCUGGAUCGGUACUCUCAGUACAGCGCCAUGGUGCUAACACUCCUCAUGUCCAUGUUUGCUUUGCUCGCUCACUGGAUGGCCUGCAUCUGGUACGUCAUUGGACGGAAAGAGAUGGAGCGCAAUGCUAACCAGCAAGACUGGGACAUUGGUUGGCUGCAUGAGCUCGGAAAGCGUUUGGAGAGCCCAUACAUGAACAGUACAUUUGGAGGUCCGACUGUACGUAGCGCCUACAUUGCAUCACUGUACUUCACCCUCAGCAGCCUCACCAGUGUCGGAUUUGGAAACGUGUGCGCUAACACGGACGCCGAGAAAAUCUUCUCCAUCUGCACCAUGUUGAUCGGAGCUCUCAUGCAUGCGGUGGUGUUUGGAAAUGUCACAGCCAUCAUCCAGCGCAUGUAUUCACGCCGCUCGCUGUAUCACACACGCAUGAAGGAUCUGAAGGACUUCAUACGUGUCCAUCGGCUGCCACAGCAGCUGAAGCAGCGCAUGCUUGAGUAUUUCCAGACAACGUGGUCUGUUAACAAUGGUAUCGAUGCUAACGAGCUGCUACAUGAUUUUCCAGAUGAGCUCCGGGCCGACAUCGCCAUGCACCUGAACAAGGACAUCCUGCAGCUUCCUGUGUUUGAGGGUGCGAGUCGCGGCUGCCUGCGUUCCUUAUCGCUGCACAUUAAAACAUCAUUCUGCGCGCCGGGAGAGUAUCUGAUCCGCCAGGGAGAUGCGCUCCAUGCUAACUACUUUGUCUGUUCCGGCUCCCUCGAAGUGCUCAAGGACAGCAUGGUGCUCGCAAUACUGGGAAAGGGUGACCUGAUUGGCUCGGACCUGCCAGGACAGGAUCAUGUGAUUAAGACAAACGCAGAUGUGAAGGCGCUAACAUAUUGCGAUCUGCAGUACAUUAGUGUUAAAGGGUUGAGGGAGGUGCUGGAGCUUUACCCCGAAUACGCCAGUGUGUUCACAGCUGACAUCCACCACAACCUCACCUACAACCUGAGAGAGGGCAGUGAGGCUGAGGGUCUUGCAAGGUUCUCACGUUCUCCAAGGUUCCCUCAUAACAAUCGUGUGGACUCAAGGGCAUCGACAGAUGGAAAACAUGCCUGUAUAAUUGAAACCAGUGUAGAAGCAGAUGAACACUGUCACCUUUCCCCAGCAUCGAAAUCCCGCCGGAACCUUCUGCUCCCUAACCUGGGGAACCUGCUGGGUGACGAGCUGCGGCAGUUUAAUGCUUUACGCCGCUGCCAUUCCCCAGUGAGAGGAAACUAUAAAAGCGUGUCUCCAAAACCACAUUCCAAAUCCGACCAUCCUUCACAUGAUGCACUUUCCACAACUCCAGAGGGAUUCACCGGACGGAAACCCAACAAACUCCUCAUUCCCACAUUCAGCUGCUUUGCACCACCUGACCUCAGCCCAAGGGUGGUUGAUGGAAUUGAGGAUAAUGGACGUGUGUUUCAAUUCAGCACCGAGCACAGCAGGACUAACACUGGUACAGCAAAAGAUAAUGAUCAGGUGAACAGCACACUGCUCCAGGAGACAGAGGAGGUGCGAGAGAGCAUCAGUCAACUCAACAAAAAGAUGGUCAGCCUAAACCAAGAAGUGUCUCAGCUAACGAAGGACCUGCAUCACAUGAUGCACCUUCUACAAGCACAAGCUGUUCAUCACUACACCACCUCUAUGUCCUCCUACCCCUAUGGAGUGCACAUGAUGCACACAAACACUGCGGCAUACACCACCGGUGUGCAUUCUCAUCAGGAAGCCCAAGGCCUUUAUCAUCAUCCACAUCAUUAUCUUCAGGCUGAUCAUGCUGUGUCUGAGAACGUCGUCCACAUUGGGACAAGUGCAUGGAGCCACACGUCAGAAAUAGGUGGAAGUCGGACAGGCGUGCCCCCACAACCUGAAGUUUUCAAACACCUUCCUCAUCUUGAUCCCAACAGUGCUUGUGAUCCUACUUCCUGUAAAUCAAGCUUAAUUAACAUUGAUACCUCCACUUCCUCCUUCUAUCCAGCAAAAGGAUACAAGAAACAAGAAUCGGGAGGUCAGGAUCACGACGUCUUAACAAACAUCAGUCGCUCUCAGCCUGUUCUGUUCAACCGGGACAAACCAAACCAAGUGUCUUUAAAUCUUCAUUUACUUUCCAGUGCACCAACAUCCACUCACUCCCUGCUAAUCGCUAAUCGCACAAUUCCAGUCCACCACAAUCCCCCAGUCACUAGCGAACCAAAUCUGGAAUUGGAUAGUGACAUUCCGGACACGGUCCUGGAAGAGGUCAGUGAGGACCGGGAAGAUACUGUCCUGCUGUCAGAUUUGAGUAAAGUUGGACACACAAGUCGCGAGUGCCUGCUAGCAGAUGACGGAUCAGCAGAAACCCAGGACAUUGAGACUUCUGAAUCAGAAUCAACGAAGCCUGAUGUUGGGACUCAAAAUGAAAGCAGUGGCUCUGAAACUUCCUGGUGCCUCGACCUGAUGGACUAA